GUUGUCUCAAACCGAAGGCGGAAAUACAGAGGAGUUUAUCCUCUCGCUUCAGGACGACACUUCCGGGUCUGGCCCCUGUUCGAGGUGAAUCUGACAGCCACCGUUUUCCAGGACCAAAGACCGUUGCGCGUUGCAGUCAUGUCGGCAGCUGCUCCGGGGACCAGCAAGGCGGCCCAUAGCGAUGUGGCCGCGAAGAAAAAGAAGGGACCCGGUGCCCUGGCCACGGCCUACUUGGUCAUUUACAACGUUGUUAUGACAGCGGGGUGGCUGGUGAUAGCUGUGGGUCUGGUCAGAGCUUACCUGGCCAGAGGAAGCUACCACGGGCUCUACUACUCCAUAGAGAAGCCUCUGAAGUUCUUUCAGACUGGAGCUCUUCUGGAGAUACUGCACUGUGCUGUAGGAAUCGUACCGUCCUCUGUGGUCUUGACUGGAUUCCAGGUAAUGUCCCGGGUCUUCCUCACCUGGGCCGUCACACACAGCGUCAGGGAGGUGCAGAGUGAGGACAGUGUGCUGUUGUUUGUCACAGCCUGGACUGUCACAGAGAUCAUCCGCUACUCCUUCUACACCUUCAGCCUACUCAAUCACCUGCCAUACCUCAUCAAAUGGGCAAGGUACACGUUUUUCUUUGUGCUGUAUCCCAUGGGAGUGACCGGGGAACUGCUGACCAUCUAUGCAGCGCUGCCGUACGUGCAGAAGACAGGCCUGUACUCUGUCACUCUCCCCAACAAGUACAACUUCUCUUUCGACUACUACUCUUUCCUCAUCCUCAUCAUGAUCUCCUACAUUCCCCUCUUCCCCCAGCUUUACUUCCACAUGAUACGACAGAGGAAGAAGGUGCUGGGCCACGUAGAAGACUACAGCAAAGUGGAGUGAGCCUGGCAGCAUUCAUACGGAUCUGAUGAAGGAAAAUAAAUAAAACCUAGGUCUGCUUAAAGUAAUGUGAGCCAGUUUUUAAACUGCCAGAGCUGACCUGGCAGAAGAUCCAAUUAUCAAGCGACUUUAUAUAUUUUUUCCAGCUGUUGUCCGGGUUGUAUAGAUGCUCACAAAUCACAACCGAACUGCUGUUUUAUUUUUUUUGUUCUUUUUUUUUUUUUUUAUGAACAAACUGCAGUUGCUUUUGUUAAGUGAGGGAGCCUGCAGCUGUAAGUAAACUGUAUCUUGAUUCGGAUACAGUUGAGCUGUUGUCUGAGCACUGAGCAGAACUCUGUCACAGCAAAGCAUUGGACUGAAAGAAUGGAUAAGCUCUAACAGAAUGGAUAACUCCUUAAUAAAUGUCACUAUAAAAAUUCCCAAUAGAUUUUUCAUCUCCCCAUGGCUCAUCUUUUGGUCUCUUUUAAAGAAUCAGUUGUGCUUUACUCUAAUGUAGAAAGAAUACUGAAGACUAGUACUAAAACUAGGUUGUAGGUUUUGCAUCCACAGUGUGUUUGUUGGUGGUCCUGAUUUGUAAUUUAGUUUUGUCUUUCAUACAUUUCACUCAAAAGUUUAAUUAGAUUCCUAAGUUAGUUCAAUAAACCUUUUUCAUUCUGUGCUUGCAUGGUUUUUUUAUCUGUUUUUCUUGUGUUUUGCUUGGUGUUUGCUUGCAUGUAGUUUUGACUUCUCUCUUAGUUGCAUUCUUAGUGAUUUUACAUCGAUCAUGUUGACUUAUGAAGCUCAAGUUUCCCAGUGAUGACUGUGAGUUGUCUUUUGAUGUUUGAUGUUUAGGUGGCUUAUACAUACAGUAUACAAGUAGCCAGUUUUUUUCCCCAUCACUCAUCCUUUCAAGUGAGCAAACAUACCUCUUCUCCCUAUGUGAUUGCAUUUCCUUUUUUAUCUAUUGAAAGUAACUAAUUUUAGCAUUUUAUAGCUCCAAUAAAGUGAUACUUUAAAUUAGAACACACUUUUAUUCCUGCUUCCUUAAGCUCUCAGUCUUCAGUUUUCAUCUCUUCAGUGUCUUAAGAGGUCACUGUCUAACAAAUGUUAAAAACGUAUUACAAAAGAACAAUUAAGACAUAUUUACUUAAGUUAUGGGACACUUAAUAAAAAUGAACAGCAAAGCAUAGAGUAGCAGCAGUGUUUUCUGAUGAAAUUAGCUUUGAUGUGUAACAAACAAAACCGCAUUGUAGCCUAAAUAUAUGCUAGAUGGUUGUAUAGACUUUUAUUUUGAAAUACAGAGUGAUGGCGCUAUACUUUGGUACAUAAACUGGUGGUUAUUAAAUUAUGGAGAGCUUUGUCAGCUAAAAUACUAUUCCUAAGUGACAUGUCCCUGUCAAUGGGGCAUUAAUGCUUUAGAAGAAAGUGAACAGACUUUGUACUGAAUUCAAUUGGUGAGAUUGUAGUCAUGCCUUUACAACGAGGUGAUCAUAAUAAUGUGCGUUACAGAGAGAGAGAGAGAACCAUGAAUCAGACUAAUUCCAUUGUUUUGUCCGUUGUUUGUUUUUAAUAGUCAGAUUUGAUGCAAAUACAUAAUGUUCUCUCAUUGUUUUGGACAGUGUUACAUUUGGAAAUUGUAAUCCUGAAUGCUGCCUAUGUAUUUUGUUGUAUUUAGUUCAGUUGCAGCUGUUCUGUCGGACAAUAACUUAAUACCAGGCUGAAAAGUGUUCUUUUGUUGCCCUCUUUACACUUAGCCAUCUCAUCUAUGAUAUUUCUGCCUUCAUCCUAGUGCAUAGUAGGGGAAUGGAAUUUAGUUGUGGUGCUCACAACAUUUCAAAAUUAAAUUUUCACCUGUUAUCCUGGAUCAGUCGUUUCUAGACUCCCCUUUAGAAGCUGAAAAAAUGUUACGCAAUGCAUCAGUUAAUGUUAUUAGUUACACUUGUGUUUGAGAAGUUGUAAAAAAGGCUAGUCUUCUGUAAUUUUUUCCUUAGUCUCAUGUGCCUCUCCCAAGGGGUCCUGCCCCACAGUUUGGGAGCUAUUGCUCUGGAUAGUCCACCUGACAAGCUGUAGGUAGUUUUUUUUUUUAUGGUUUUAUUUCUUUGGAAGAUGGUAGUGCCAAUGAAACUUUUUCCACAGUGAGAUGUGUGGAUCGUCCAGAGGGACUGCAAUGCUGGUUUCUAGAAAAAUGUUGCUGUCAAAAUAUUUUAAAUUGAAUUUCAUAUCAUGUUUUGAGUGCCAAAUACAAAAUUACUUUCACAUUCACAGGGGUGGAGGCAGAAAUCUCAGAAAUGGCUUCCAAAACCUUUGCAUGUCUAAAUACUGUUCUACCAGAAGUGAGUAUGAUUUAUUUGUAUAUUAGGCGAACCGACCCUUUAAUGUUUCCAAUCGCAGCCACUACUUUCAUGUGUUCUUUAAAAUUUGCUUUAAGCAAUGACAACAUUACUGAUUUCCACAAAAACAUGUUAUGUUGCUGAGGUUUUGCUUGCUUUUAUGACCAUAUACCUGUCUUACACUGAAUUAUGUAGCAAAGCGAGCAGCUAGUGGCCAAAAUGUCAAAUAUUUCUCCCUGUGAAUGGUUGAGCAUGAUUUGGGAUACUUGUUGCAAAUGUCUAGCAGGAGCAGACAUGCAGCUCAUUGUAAACCUGCAUGAAAGAGGAAAUCUGGAUGCCUUGAAUGAUUAUGUGUGUUACAACCAAACUUUGAAAAAGAUAAGAAAAUUUAAAAGCAUGGCAUAUGUUACACCAGAACCGGUUCUACUUAAUAAAGUUUUGAUACAAAUGUUUUGCAUGGGACCAGCAGACUUUGUACAGGUAUGAAUAAGGAGUAUAUAUUUACAAUAAACCUAUAUUAUUGGAA